GAAAAUUAAUUGGAUGAUAUGGAGACUAUAGUAGAACAAAUAACAAUAUAUAGACUAAUAAGAAAUUCGCCAAGUCCACCACACAACAACCCAAAUCCUCGUCUACCUCUUUUCAACAAAAUCUCAAAUCAAACAUGUCCUUACAACCAUCUUCCGAUGAAUACCCCGCCGCAACAACAACCAGACCAUGGUCGGAAUUUUUCGAUAUCUCCGCCCUUUCAUUCCCAGUAUCCCUUUCUGACGCCACAACUCGGUUCAACUCAAAUCUAACUCACUUCCGACUCAACUACAUCAAUGUCUUUCUCAUCAUUUUCUUCCUUACUCUCGCUUUACGUCCUCUCUCACUCCUUCUCGUGUUCGUCGUCUCAUUAUCUUGGUACUUUCUUUAUUUUAACCCUCGCAUUUUGCCUCUUGAAAUUGCGGGGUUCAUCGUUGACGAUCGCAUCGUUUUUGGUAUUCUUGCUGUAAUUUCGAUUAUCGCUUUGUUUGUCGCUCAUUCUUGGAUGAAUUUGAUGGUUGCGAUUUUGAUUUCUGCUGUAAUUGUUGGAUUACACGGUGUACUUAGGGUUCCCAGUUUUGGAGAUCAGGAUCCUUAUGGCGGUCUUCUUGAUGCUGAAGCUGGUGCGUAUAAUGAGUUUUGAUUUGUGUUUUAGGGUUGAAUUUGAUUUUAGUCUGUGAUUGUUGCUGGAUUUUGAUUUCUUUGAAUUGAUGAUGAAAUUGUUAGGGAUUUUAAUUGAUCAGUAGUUGAUUGUCAAUGUUGCUAGGGAUUCUAAUUUGAGCAGCAAAUUUAGAAUCGGUGUAAUAUCAGGUUUUGGACCUCCAAAGUGUUGUAAUUGUGAUUUUUUUAAUAUAAAUUCUAAUGCAACCAAAAAUUUUCAAGAAUCUAAAUGCAUUUGAGUUGAAUUUAGGCUGCCUUUAUGUAUUCAGAAAACAAUUCUGGGCUGACUAACAUUUAAAUUGGUCAAAGGUUUCAUGAUUAUGUAUAUUGAUUUUUUUAUGCAAAUCUAUGUAUAUGUUUCCAUUUAGUUGAAAGCUAAAGGGAUUGUUCAUAUCAACAAAAGAAUAUGCUAUGGAAUGUUGAAGUAUUACAUAUCCACUCAAUUUCAUUUCAUUUUCUCAUAAGAUAUUAGCAACACAACACAAUGAUAAUACGCUCUUAAAGUCGUAUUCAGAUAUAUAUCUCUUAGGAUGAAACUCUUAACUGUUACAUUCAACAUAAAUUUAAGUAUAUAACCCCCAUUUUCAGCCCUCUAAAUCUCAAGUCCAGUGAGCGGCAUUGAAUUGAUGUUUGGAAGCCUCAUCAGCACUUCUGCUGGUUUACAAAAAAGCAGCAAUGCACCCAUAAAAUUCUUAAACCAGCAACCACCCAAACAAAAAAGUGAAAAAACCCAAUCGAAUUAUUGCCUUUUGGGUCAAAAAUUUGGAUGAUUAUGCGAUUAAACGAAGGUGCACUACUGCUCGAGCCUGGUAUACAAUGGAGAGCGGGAAAAGGUAUAGUUAUGACUAGGGGUGUUCAAUGGGCUGAGCCCCAUUUUGAGCCCUUAUUCGGCCCGUUUUUAGAAGGGCUUUGUAAGGACGGGGUUGAAAACGGGCCUAAUAUUAUAAAUGACAAUGUCAAUAAAAUUAUUAAUAUUUUUCCAAUUUAAUUAUUAUAAAUGAUAAUUUAAUUGUUAUAAAUUGAUAAAUGGGGAUUAAAAUAAUUUUUAGUAGUAAAAAUGAGCCGGGUUGGAUAAGCUCGGCCCAUUUAAAGCCCAUUUACUUAUCUUAUCUGGUUCAUUGAACACCCCUAGUUAUGACUUACGUAUAUACUGUACCUAGUACUAGUAUGCACCGGAUUACACCAGAACAUAAGGCUAAGAUAAAACGAGAUGUCUAGUCAUCAGCUUCAAU